GUCAAACGUGUAAAAACAAAACAAAAGUGCUCCUCGUCGAGUCAACACGUACCGUCGUGAAUUCCGUAGUGAAAUCCGGAUUUGUCGCGUUAAAAUCGAAACACUAGUGACCCUUCUCGCGCCGUGAUGGGUCCGCCGAAGAAAUCUUCGAAAAAGGACCGCCCUUCGAGCAGCUCGGCCGCGGGUUCCAGCACGGGUGGCUUCGUGGAAAACAAGUGGAAGAAGCGCCGUCCGGAAGACGAUGCGUACUCGUCGCUGGCGAACGAUGAUGAUGACAGCAGCAUGGACGGGGCCGGGGGUGAAUUUGUGCCGGGAGCGGCCAGCAAGAACGCGGAGAAAAACGACGACGGAAUCGGGGAGGACGAGUACGGGGCGAAGGACUACCGGUCGCAGAUGCAGCUGAAGCCGGAUAAUGCGUCGAGGCCGCUCUGGGUCGCACCGAAUGGGCACAUAUUUCUGGAGUCGUUUUCGCCGGUGUACAAGCACGCGCAUGACUUUUUGAUUGCGAUUUCCGAGCCGGUUUGUCGUCCGGAACACAUCCACGAGUACAAGCUGACGGCGUACAGUCUGUACGCGGCCGUUUCGGUGGGGCUGCAAACGCACGAUAUCAUUGAGUAUCUGAAGCGACUCAGCAAGUGCACUGUCCCCGACGGUAUCCAGGAGUUUAUCCGCCUGUGUACGCUGUCGUACGGCAAGGUCAAGCUGGUGCUGAAGCACAACAAGUAUUUUGUGGAGAGUCCCCAUCCGGAGGUGCUGCAGAAGCUGCUGAAGGAUCCGGUGAUUCAGUCGUGCCGGUUGCGGCGAACCAACGAGGAAGGGGAAGGGUUUAUCACGCAAACCAUGGAAAAGAAGGGAAUUACGGCGUUUGGGACGACCAAGAUUGGUGCGACGACGGUGGUGCCCGCUGCGGAGGCGGAGAAACCGGCCGAGCCGGAAAAUGCUGCUCCGGUUCCGGACGACAUUACGAAAUUUUACGAUAAAAUGGACAACGAGGAAGAGGAGGAAGAGGCGAAUUUCAACACCGUUUCGUUUGAGGUGAACCAGGAGAAGAUUGAGGUGCUGCAGAAACGUUGCAUCGAGAUUGAGUUUCCACUGUUGGCGGAGUACGAUUUCCGGAAUGAUAUGAUUAACGCGGACAUUAACAUUGACUUGAAGCCGGCAGCUGUGCUGCGUCCGUAUCAGGAGAAGAGUCUGCGGAAGAUGUUUGGCAAUGGACGUGCCCGUUCGGGAGUUAUUGUGUUGCCUUGCGGUGCCGGUAAAUCUCUGGUUGGGGUUACGGCCUGUUGUACGGUGCGCAAGCGUGCCCUGGUUCUGUGCAACAGCGGAGUUUCGGUGGAACAGUGGAAGCAGCAGUUCAAGAUGUGGUCCACCGCCGAUGACAGCAUGAUCUGUCGAUUCACCUCGGAAGCCAAGGACAAACCGAUGGGUUGCGGCAUCCUGGUGACGACGUACUCCAUGAUUACGCACACCCAGAAGCGUUCCUGGGAGGCGGAACAAACGAUGCGCUGGCUGCAGGAGCAAGAGUGGGGCAUAAUGGUCCUCGAUGAGGUGCACACCAUUCCGGCCAAGAUGUUCCGUCGAGUGUUGACGAUCGUACAGUCGCACUGCAAGCUCGGACUGACCGCCACUCUGCUUCGUGAGGACGACAAGAUUGCCGACCUGAACUUUCUCAUCGGGCCGAAGCUGUACGAAGCCAACUGGUUGGAGCUGCAGAAGCGAGGCUACAUCGCCCGAGUUCAGUGCGCCGAAGUGUGGUGUCCGAUGGCUCCGGAGUUUUACCGCGAAUAUCUCGUCACGAAGACGUCCAAAAAGAUGCUGCUGUACGUAAUGAACCCGCAAAAGUUCCGCGCCUGUCAGUAUCUGAUCCGCUACCACGAGAAACGUGGCGACAAAACGAUCGUCUUCAGCGAUAACGUGUUCGCCCUCAAGCACUACGCCAUCAAGAUGAACAAACCGUACAUCUACGGCCCCACCUCUCAGAACGAGCGAAUCCAGAUCCUGCAGAACUUCAAGUUCAACCCCAAAGUGAACACCAUCUUCGUGAGUAAGGUCGCCGACACCAGUUUCGAUUUGCCCGAAGCGAACGUCCUCAUCCAGAUCUCCUCGCACGGAGGUUCCCGUCGUCAGGAGGCGCAACGUCUCGGCCGUAUUCUGCGCGCCAAAAAAGGCGCCAUCGCGGAAGAGUACAACGCGUUCUUCUACACGCUCGUCUCGCAGGACACACUCGAGAUGGGCUACUCGCGCAAGCGGCAGCGGUUCCUGGUGAACCAGGGCUACAGCUACAAAGUGAUUACGCAUCUGGCCGGCAUGGAGAGCGAUCCGGAUUUGUUCUACAAGACGCGCGAGGAGCAGGGCCAGCUGCUGCAGCAGGUUCUGUCGGCGUCCGACAUGGACUGCGAGGACGAGCGCAUUCCGGGCGAGGGGGGAGCGCCGAGGCCGGGCGGGUCGAAGCGAACCGGCGGGCUUAGCUCGAUGUCCGGCGCGGACGACGCGGUGUACAUGGAGUUUAGGAAGAAGAAGGAGCAUCUGCAUCCGCUGUUUAAGAAGUUUAGGGGAUAA